AAGUGGGCGCUCAUUCGCUUCCGGGCCCGGCCGCCAUUUCCAGCGGUUGUAGCUUCUCACGGGUUGUAAUCCGCUGGGACAAUGAGCUAUGACUACCAUCAGAGCUGGGGCCGCGAUGGCGGGCCCCGCAGCUCCGGCGGGGGUUAUGGAGGAAGCUAUGGAGGAGGCCGUGGAGGAGGCCAUGGGGGGAACCGAGGUUCCGGAGGUGGCGGCGGCGGCGGCGGCGGAGGAGGGGGUGGUCGAGGCGGCCGAGGCCGACAUCCCGGGCACCUGAAAGGCCGCGAAAUCGGCUUGUGGUAUGCGAAGAAACAAGGACAGAAAAAUAAGGAAGCGGAAAGGCAGGAGAGAGCCGUAGUGCAUAUGGAUGAACAUCGAGAAGAACAAAUUGUUCAGCUGUUACAUUCUGUGCAAGCUAAGAGUGAUAAAGAUUCAGAAGCACAAAUAUCCUGGUUUGCUCCUGAAGAUCACGGGUACGGUACUGAAACUCCUGCUGAAAACAAACAAAACUCAGUAAAGAAAAUCGAGAAUCAGGAAAAAAAAUUGAUAAAUCAAGAAAAGAGGCCGUUUAGAAUCAGGGACAAAUAUAUUGACCGCGAUUCUGAAUAUCUCUUGCAAGAAAAUGAACCGGAUGUAACUUUAGACCAACAAUUACUGGAGGAUUUACAAAAGAAAAAAACUGACCUUCGAUAUAUUGAAAUGCAGCAUUUCAGGGAAAAGCUGCCUUCCUAUGGAAUGCAAAAGGAAUUGGUAAAUAUGAUCGAUAACCAUCAGGUCACAGUAAUAAGUGGUGAAACUGGUUGUGGAAAAACCACCCAAGUUACUCAGUUCAUUUUGGAUAACUACAUUGAAAGAGGAAAAGGGUCUGCAUGCCGAAUAGUUUGUACUCAGCCGAGAAGAAUUAGUGCCAUUUCAGUUGCAGAGAGAGUGGCUGCAGAAAGGGCAGAAACUUGUGGCAAUGGUAAUAGUACUGGAUACCAAAUUCGUCUCCAGAGUCGGUUGCCAAGGAAACAGGGUUCUAUCCUAUAUUGUACAACAGGAAUCAUCCUUCAGUGGCUUCAGUCAGACCCGCAUUUGUCUAGUGUUAGUCACAUUGUGCUUGAUGAAAUCCAUGAGAGAAAUCUACAGUCAGAUGUCUUAAUGACUGUUAUUAAAGAUCUUCUCAGUUAUCGACCUGACUUGAAAGUAGUAUUGAUGAGUGCAACAUUGAAUGCUGAGAAAUUUUCAGAAUAUUUUGGUAACUGUCCAAUGAUACAUAUACCUGGUUUUACUUUCCCGGUUGUGGAGUAUCUUUUGGAAGAUAUAAUUGAAAAAAUAAGAUAUGUUCCAGAACAAAAAGAACUCAGAUCCCAGUUUAAGAGGGGUUUCAUGCAAGGGCAUGUAAAUAGACAGGAAAAAGAAGAAAAAGAAGCAAUCUAUAAGGAACGCUGGCCAAGUUAUUUAAGAGAACUCAGAAAAAAGUAUUCUGCAAGUACUGUAGAUGUUAUGGAAAUGAUGGAUGAUGAUAAAGUUGACCUGAAUUUGAUUGCUGCCCUUAUUCGAUACAUUGUUUUGGAAGAAGAGGAUGGUGCAAUAUUGGUCUUUCUGCCAGGCUGGGACAAUAUCAGCACUUUACAUGAUCUCUUGAUGUCACAAGUGAUGUUUAAAUCAGACAGGUUUCUUAUUAUACCUUUACAUUCACUGAUGCCUACAGUUAACCAGACACAGGUAUUUAAAAGAACCCCUCCUGGUGUUCGGAAAAUAGUAAUUGCCACCAACAUUGCAGAGACUAGCAUUACCAUAGAUGAUGUAGUUUAUGUGAUAGAUGGAGGAAAAAUAAAGGAGACACACUUUGAUACACAGAACAACAUCAGUACAAUGUCUGCUGAGUGGGUUAGUAAAGCUAAUGCCAAACAAAGGAAAGGUCGAGCUGGAAGAGUUCAACCUGGUCAUUGCUAUCAUCUGUAUAAUGGUCUUAGAGCAAGCCUUCUAGAUGACUAUCAACUACCAGAAAUUUUGAGAACACCUUUGGAAGAACUUUGUUUACAAAUAAAGAUUUUAAGACUAGGGGGAAUUGCUUACUUUCUAAGUAGGCUAAUGGAUCCACCAUCGAAUGAAGCAGUGUCACUCUCCAUAAAACAUCUGAUGGAACUGAAUGCUCUGGAUAAACAAGAAGAAUUGACACCUCUUGGAGUCCACUUAGCACGAUUACCAGUUGAGCCACACAUUGGAAAAAUGAUUCUUUUUGGAGCUCUGUUCUGCUGCUUAGAUCCAGUACUCACCAUUGCUGCUAGUCUCAGCUUCAAAGACCCCUUUGUGAUUCCAUUGGGGAAAGAAAAGGUUGCAGAUGCAAGAAGAAAGGAAUUGGCAAAGGAUACUAAAAGUGACCACCUCACAGUUGUGAAUGCAUUUGAGGGCUGGGAAGAAGCUAGACGACGUGGUUUCAGAUAUGAAAAAGACUAUUGCUGGGAAUAUUUUCUGUCUUCAAACACACUGCAGAUGCUGCAUAACAUGAAAGGGCAGUUUGCUGAGCAUCUUCUUGGAGCUGGAUUUGUACGCAGUAGAAAUCCUAAAGAUCCAGAAUCUAAUAUAAAUUCAGAUAAUGAGAAGAUAAUUAAGGCUGUCAUCUGUGCUGGUUUAUAUCCCAAAGUUGCUAAAAUCCGACUAAAUUUGGGUAAAAAAAGAAAAAUGGUGAAAGUUUACACAAAAACUGAUGGACUAGUUGCUAUUCAUCCUAAAUCUGUUAACGUGGAGCAAACAGAGUUUCACUACAACUGGCUUAUCUAUCACCUGAAGAUGAGAACAAGUAGUAUAUACUUGUAUGACUGCACAGAAGUUUCCCCAUACUGUCUCUUGUUUUUUGGAGGUGAUAUUUCCAUCCAGAAGGAUAGUGAUCAGGAAACUAUUGCUGUAGAUGAAUGGAUUAUCUUUCAGUCUCCGGCAAGAAUUGCCCAUCUUGUUAAGGAAUUAAGAAAGGAACUAGAUAUCCUUCUGCAAGAGAAGAUUGAAAGCCCCCAUCCUGUAGACUGGAAGGACACUAAAUCCAGAGACUGUGCAGUACUCUCAGCUAUUAUAGACUUGAUCAAAACACAGGAGAAAGCAACUCCCAGGAACUUGCCGUCACGAUUCCAGGAUGGAUAUUACAGCUGACAGCUUUUCUGUGGUGGUCUGAAAAGUCAAUUUGACAGCCAUUUUCCAUCAUGGUUUAACUUUUGGCUUGAUGCCAAACCCUAGGACAUGAAUACUUUUCAUGUGUAAGGUAGAAACCUUCAGUAGAUAGUAAAGACUUACUGUGCAUGAGUUAACAAUGUUAUCUGUAGCUAUUAUAAAUAUUUAAAAAAACAGUAUGUUCUGAUUAUAUACUCUGUAGUGGACAUGCCCACAUUUUGAGAAUAUUCCUCUUACAUAUUUUGAAUGUAGUACCACUUGAAAAAUUCCUUUGUUCUGUUAUGAAAUACUACUCUCUCUCUGCCCAUAAUGAAUAUCGAACCAGUAAAAAUACAAUGGUUAGCCAAAAAGCAGUGUCAAAUAAGGACUUGAACAUAUCCACAUUUUUUCCUAAUGAAACUUCUAUCAGAAGUAAAUUAAUUUGUUCUAAUUAAGCCCAGUAUUUAAUAAAAUGUACAGUGUAUAAAUCUGAGCUAGCUUUUUGGCUUGGUUUCUGCAUCUCCAUCUAUCAAUUUGUUGAUUUGAUGUUUUUUAUCUAUUUGUACCCUUUUUACAUGACCAUGUGCAGUAUAAUGUACCAAUUGAAAGCAUGGGUCUGGAGCCUGACUACCUAAGUUCAAAUUUUAACUCUGUCACUUAACUAGAUGUGUUAGGCGAAUUACUUGUCUUUGUUUCCUUUUCCUUAUCUAUAAAAUACAGGUAACAGUUGUGAGGAUUAAAUAUGUUAACAUACAUAAAGUGCAUAGUUUAGUGUCUGGCAUGUACUGUGUAUUCACUAAAUCUUGGCUAUUUGUCCCUGAAAUAUUUUAAUAACAAUCCAUUAUGUUAUGCUCCCCCCACCCCAUCCAUGCUCUGAGUGCUAUUUUACCUUCUCAGCCAGUGGAAGCUAAUGUGACAGGUGCUGUAUGUUUUCAACCCUGUGAGAUUUUGACAAAUACUGUUGGUUGCUAUCCAGCAGUCAUUUUGUCUCUCUUUUCCCGCUUGUUUGUUCCCUCUCUGUGCAGGUUUGUGCCCCUGGAUGUUGGACCCUCUUCUGGGGAUUGGAUUGUUCUAAGCCAAUUGUGCAUGGUCUUAUUCCCUUUAUAAGUAACAGAUGAGGCAUGAAUAUGUGAAUCUGUCCUGGCCAAUGGCAGCUAAGAACAGAUCUGCAAGGGGACAUCUGAGAAAGUUUUUACUCGCUCAUAGAGAGGGGAAAUCUAAGCUCCUCCCUUGGACAUUGUUUUGUCUGAAUCUGGCACUUGGAAGUGCCGCAGCUGUCUCAGGAUCACAAGGCUGGCUCUGUGAGCAGGUGAACAUUACCAGAGUCCUUUAAAAUGUUAGUGAGCUGCUGAAUUAUCCAACUCUGCAACUGCCUUGCACAUGGACUCUGACUUAAUAAACCCUUCAUUGUUCUAGCUUCUUUUAGUAGGGUCUUUUGAAUAAAUAGGCAGAAAGCGUAAUAACUGAAGCACAUACUGUCCAUCAUUGCUGAGGACUCUAUUUCUACCAUUUAAUUUGUGAUCUAACAGUUUGACCCUUAUGUCUGAGAAAAGCUGUAGAAGUUAAAUUACUGGACAUACUGCUAAAAGAAACAUAGGAAGAACAAACAGCCUGCUGCAUCCUAAAAACUGCAGAUUUUAUUGUUGCCUUCCAAAGAAGUCAAAGGAAAGGAGUAUCGUACAAUGACUGGGAUGGAUUAAUAAAGCUCUGAAGAUCUUAACAGCACUGGUUCAGGUACUGCUGUCAUUUCUGGGAAUGUUAUGUCAUCUUACCAUUGGCUUUCAAGGUUUUCAAUGCAUUUGUGUGUUCUGAGUCCAUUUUCUUGUCUAGUAUCCCCAAAGUGAUCUCCCUCUCACUGAAUUUUUGUAUAGAGCCGUAUUAUGGCAUAUCUUAGGCCUAAACUCGAUGACCAUUAGGUCCUGUUUGUUCUAUAAUAAUAUUGAUGUUUGUGCCCCUUUCUCUACUUUUGCCUUGCUUUUACUAUCCAUUUUUAAAUGAAGUCAGUUGGUGAAAAUGGUCUUGGUGGAAAGCAUUUAAAGAAUCUGUAAAAACAGAUCACUAGUUAAUUGGUUCCAUGUCACGCACCAAUAUUUCAUCUCCAUAAGUGGAGAUAUGUUUCCAAAGAAUUGUUUAACGGAUGAACUAUUGAGAGAGAUUAAAGCAGUUAUUAUUAUCCCCAGUUUA